UAAAUGAUUUGUGUGCUAAUAAGUUUUAAAUAAUUGUGGUGUUUCAGAUGGAGUUGUUGGAUAAAUUCCCAGUGGAAGGAGGCCAGAAAGACCCUAAGCGCAGGAUCAUUCCGUUCCUACCAGGGAAGAUCCUGUUUAGGAGGAGCCAUAUCAGAGAUGUGGCAAUGAAAAGGCUAAGGCCCAUCAAUGAGUACUGCCGGAGCCUCAUUCAACUACCGGUCUACAUCUCCCAGUGCGAGGAGGUCAGAGUGUUUUUUGAGACCAGACCUGAAGACCUCAACCCACCCAAGGAGGAGCCCAUCGGAAAGAAGAAAUCGGGGAUUGUGGAGAGAGCGACUACUUUCCUAAAGCGAGGAGAUUCCACCUCAGCGGACCCUCUCCUCCUCGACCAGUAUGUGGCAGUAACAGAUUAUGAGAAGCAGGAGAGCUCCGAAAUCAGCCUGCAUGUUGGUCAGGUGGUGGAGGUCAUUGAGAAAAAUGAGUCAGGAUGGUGGUUUGUGAGCUCAGAAGAUGCCCAGGGCUGGGUCCCUGCCACCUGCCUUGAGGCACAGGAUGACCCUGAUGACUUCAGUUUUCCAGGAGAAGAAGAAGAGAAGUACUCAGUGAUUUACCCGUACUCGGCCAGGGAUGAGGAUGAGAUUGACCUGGAGAGAGGCAUGAUUGUCGAGGUGAUUCAGAGGAACUUGGAGGGCUGGUGGAAGAUCAGGUAUCAGGGUCGUGAGGGCUGGGCCCCAGCCUCCUACCUGAAGAAGACGGACAUCCAGAGCCAGAAGCAGUCAGCAGGUGCUGCUGCUCAUGCCAGUACCAAUGACCUAGACGGAGUUUCCAAACAGCAAAACAAUGCAGCCAGAGAGAACAGAGACAACGGCCACAAAGAAAACAGACUCUCAUUUUUUUCUGACAACAAAAAAGUGGGAUCAAGACACAGACCACCUCCACGCAGAGAUCUUACCAUUGUAAGAGAUCCCGCUCAAAUCUCCAUUGGACACAGUGUGGAUUCUGUUCUGUUAGGAGAUAGCUCUCAACAAAAACUUUUUCAUCGACGUAACCUUUUGUGUUUCUCUCACAUUCCACACACGUGGUACGAACCUACCCAAGCCGCCCAUUCCUCCUCAGGUUGA